AUGAGCAGAUCAGGUCAACCUCCAGAUCUUAAAAAAGUAUAUGGACAAGCAACUACAGAGGAUUGGACUGAUGGGUAUUUUGUGGAAGUUGGGAUGUUGAUUGGGGGGUCUUGGUUGAAAUGGUGGAUUCAGGUUGCUUCUGCUAUGUCGAAUUUAGGGUUGUUUGAAGCUAAAAUGAGUAGUGAUGCUUUUCAACUUCUUGGUAUGAGUGAAAUUGGGAUGCUUCCUUCUGUAUUUGCUUCAAGGUCAAAGUUUGGGACACCGACAAUCAGCAUAUUAUGCUCAGCAACCAGUGUGAUCUUUCUAUCAUGGAUGAGUUUCCAAGAAAUCUUGGAACUUCUCAACUUCUUAUACGCAAUUGGAAUGCUGUUUGAAUUCGCGGCGUUUAUAAAACUGAGACUAAAGAAACCCGAUCUCCACAGGCCGUAUAAAGUUCCUCUCAAAACAUUCAGCGCGACAUUGCUGUGUGUACCUCCCGCUUUUCUACUCGUUCUCGUUAUGUGUUUGGCAUCCGCAAGAACGUUUCUACUUUCUAGUGACCGGUGUCAAAUCUUCACGGAUGUGGUGGGAAGCCCGUAUUGUGUUGCUCCGGAUGUUCUUUUGAAGCCUUAUGGUCCAGAAACGGAUGUGUGGACCGCAGGAGUGAUACUUUACAUAUUACUCAGUGGUGUGCCCCCGUUUUGGGCUGAAACACAACAGGGGAUAUUUGAUGCGGUUUUGAAGGGAUACAUAGUCUUUGAGUCGGACCCGUGGCCUCUUAUAUAUGACAGUGCAAAGGAUCUUAUUAGGAAGAUGUUAUGCUCUCGACCUUCAGACCGCCUAACUGCUCAUGAAGUUCUAUGCCAUCCUUGGAUUUGUGAAAAUGGUGUUGCUCCUGAUAGAGCACUGGAUCCAGCCGUUCUUUCUCGUUUGAAGCAGUUCUCUGCAAUGAACAAGUUAAAGAAAAUGGCUUUGCGGGUUAUAGACGAAAGCCUGUCUGAAGAGGAGAUUGUUGGUUUGAGAGAGAUGUUCAGAGAAAAAGAUAAGGUGGAUAAAGAUACUAUGCUCGAUAGGAUGUCACAAAUUGAAGCUAUGUUAACAAGUACAAUUCGAAGAUAGGCUACAAACACUUGUUUUUAAAAGUUUCGAUGUUUAUCAUAUUAGGAUAAUUUUAGUUAUCUGAUGUUUUAGUUGGUAUUGCUAUUAGAAUGUUUUAUAUGCUUUUUAUACAUAGAUGUUUUAUAUAAUUUUGGGUUUUUGUGAUC